AAACAUCAAGGUGCGAUUUCCAGAUGCGGAAGUGAUUUCCAGCUGUCAAACACAUAUUUGCAAACCAGUCUCAGCUCUCGACUAAGAGGAAAUCUGCACUUCAACAUGGACUGUCCCCGCUGGCUGCCUCUGGAGUCCAAUCCAGAAGUCAUGACGAAGUUUGUCAGUUGUUUGGGUAUGAAGCCAAGCUGGCAGUUUGGAGAUGUGUAUGGAUUGGAUCCAGAGCUUCUCAGCAUGGUACCAAGACCAGUGUGUGCAGUGCUUCUCCUGUUCCCAGUGACAGAGAAGUAUGAAGCUUUUAAGGAAGAAGAGGAAGAGAAACUCAAGGAUCAGCGACAGGAGGUCUCUCCUGAUGUCUACUUCAUUAAGCAAACUAUUGGAAACGCAUGCGGAACAAUAGGCUUAAUUCAUGCAGUGGCAAACAACAAGGCCCAGCUGGAAUUUGAUUCGGACUCUCCUCUUAAAAAGUUUAUUGAACAAACCUCUAAAAUGACCCCAGAAGAACGGGCUGCCUUCCUGGAGAAAGACGAGAGUAUACGUGUUACUCACGAGUCGAGUGCACAAGAAGGACAAACCGAGGCUCCGAGCUUAGACGAGAAAGUCAAUCUGCAUUUUAUAGCUUUUGUGAAUGUUGGAGGAAAGUUAUAUGAACUGGAUGGCCGGAAGCCUUUCCCUGUUGUCCAUGGAAAAACCUCAGAGGAUACUUUACUUGAAGACGCUGUAGAGGUUUGUAAAGCCUUCAUGGCUCGUGACCCUCAGGAGGUUCGUUUUACCAUCAUCGCCCUCUCCAAAGAUUCAUACUGAGAAAACUCCUUGAAACCCAGAGUUUACUGCCAAACAUUCUCAAGUGCUGACUUUAUUGGAUUUUCUUUUAUAAAAUGCUUAAUUAAGCAAUGUGGGUAAAGUGUCAGGGAUAUUAUUCAGUGGCUCCACUUUUGUUACACAGCACUUAUUACAACUUGGAUUAAAGGGAAUGAGAGUCUAACUGUGCAGCUUAAAGCGGUUCAGAUCUAAAUCUUCCUGUUUUCUCUGUUGUAACACACAAACAGAUAUCAGCUACACUGACACUGCACUGUUUAUAGUGUGUUUGGCUUUUAAACAAGAAAGUAAUUGUAACACAGUUUUCACAAGACUAAGGGAACCUGGCUCCUUACUCUGGUGUCAGUGUAUGUUAUACAUAGUGAAUUGCUUUUUGUCCACCCACAUGAUCAAAGCCACUCAAAGAAACAUGUUUUGCAAGGCUAACGCUCAUGUGUCGACAUGUUGUUAUGAAAAGCUUCAGAAUGCUGACUGGACAUGUGCAGAAGGUGCCUCCAUUGUUUUUGUAAUAAUAAUGAUGAGAAAUUCUGUCAAAUAAAUGGCAAAUUUAUUAAACAACUUAUUUCACAGAA